ACUUAACAUCCCCCACCGCCACCUCUCCACCUCCAUUUCUACUUCUGGUUAUUAAUUACCGGUCACAUUCACCAGAAGCUAGCCCUUCCACCUUCCAUUAUAUUUGUUUCAGAAUCUCAGUUCUUUACUUGUAACCAGCUUGAAAUCUCAGUUGGGUGAAAGGGUCCAUGGAUUUCAUAGUGAAGGUUGAGGAAUCGAGGCCGGCCGCCAACGGGAGGCCGGCGGCGGGGCCGGCGUAUCGGAGCAUUUACGCUAAGGAUGGUCUCAUGGAGCUGCCGGAGGGGUUGGAGUCUCCUUGGCAGUUUUUGAGUGACUCUGCUAAGAAAUAUCCGAGCAACCCAAUGCUUGGGCGGCGGCAGGUCACUGACACAAAGGUGGGUCCGUAUGUGUGGCUUACGUAUCAAGAGGUUUAUGAUGCUGCGAUUCGAAUGGGUUCAGCCAUCAGAAGCCGCGGUGUCAAUCCUGGAGAUCGUUGCGGUAUAUACGGAUCAAACUGCCCCCAGUGGCUUACUGCAAUGGAGGCCUGUAAUAGCCAAGCCAUAACAUACGUUCCACUCUAUGACACCCUCGGUGCUAAUGCAGUUGAGUUCAUCAUCAAUCAUGCUGAAGUUUCAAUAGCUUUUGUUCAAGAAAACAAACUCCCUGCUGUUCUGUCAUGCCUUCCAAAUUGUUCUACCAAUUUAAAAACAAUUGUCAGCUUUGCAAGUGUUUCUAGCGCUCAAAAGGAGGAAGCUGAAGGACUGGGGGUAUCUUGUUUUUCUUGGGAGGAAUUCUCUCAGUUGGGAAAUGCAGCUUGUGAACUACCUCCGAAACGGAGGACUGACAUUUGCACAAUAAUGUAUACAAGUGGAACAACUGGAGAACCAAAAGGUGUACGUAUUAGUAAUGGAGCAAUUAUGGCAGAAGUAUUGUCUGUGGAGCAACUACUUUUUCUAACAGAUAGAGUGUGUACGGAAGAAGAUUCAUAUUUUUCCUUUCUUCCAUUGGCCCAUAUAUAUGAUCAAAUAAUGGAGAGCUAUUGCAUCUACAAAGGAUCCUCUGUAGGCUUCUGGCGAGGAGAUGUCAGAUUUCUACUCGAGGACCUUCAGGAACUAAGGCCUACUAUGUUUUGUGGGGUACCUAGAGUGUAUGAUCGCAUAUACUCUGGUAUUGUCAACAAAGUUUCAUCCGGGGGUGUAUUGAAGAAGACAUUAUUCCAAUAUGCUUAUAACUACAAGUUGGCGAAUCUGGAAAAGGGUCUCCCACAAGAAAAAGCAGCACCUCUCUUGGACAAACUUGUCUUUGAUAAGAUAAAACAAGCAUUGGGGGGACGAGUUCGUAUAUUGUUGUCUGGUGCUGCCCCUUUGCCUAGGCAUGUGGAGGAAUUUUUGAGGGUCACCAGCUGCAGCACUUUAUCACAAGGAUAUGGCCUUACUGAAAGCUGUGGUGGUAGCUUCACGUCCAUUGGCAAUGUUUUUCCUAUGAUUGGAACUGUCGGUGUCCCUAUCACAACUAUUGAAGCAAGGCUUGAGUCAGUGCCGGAAAUGGGAUACGAUGCACUUUCCAGUGUGCCCCGUGGAGAGAUUUGCCUGAGAGGAACAACCUUGUUUUCUGGUUACCAUAAGCGAGAAGAUCUAACAGAGGAAGUCCUUGUUGAUGGGUGGUUUCAUACAGGUGACAUUGGAGAAUGGCAGGCAGAUGGAGCAAUGAAAAUCAUAGAUAGGAAAAAGAAUAUAUUUAAACUAUCGCAAGGUGAAUAUGUUGCGGUAGAAAACAUUGAAAGCAAAUACUUGCAAUGCCCUCUUAUCACAUCGAUUUGGGUAUAUGGAAACAGCUUUGAGUCGUUUCUUGUUGCUGUGGUGGUCCCUGAUCCUAAGGCGUUGGAGGAUUGGGCAGCAGAGCAUCACUUGACCGAUGAUUUCAAAUCAUUAUGUCAAAACCCGAAGGCAAGCAAGUACAUUUUGGAUGAGCUCAAUAGUACUGGUCAGAAACAGCAACUCCGAGGUUUUGAGCUGUUAAAAGCGGUUCACUUGGAACCGAAGCCCUUUGACAUGGAGAGGGAUCUCAUUACUCCAACAUUCAAACUGAAGAGACCACAGCUGCUUAAAUAUUACAAGGACCGUAUUGAUACACUGUACAGCGAAGGAAAAGGAGCAAGGGUAUGACAGCGAUGUUGAAAGCUGUAAGCUAUCGGAUCAAACGUUUUUACCACAAUUUCCCAAAGAUAUUAUUUCUGAUAUUUGAGGAACUAUGUAAGAAAAUAGCGGGUAUCUGCUACUCACAAAGACACUGGAUGGGCGCGAUCCCGUCAAGUUAGUUUGUGUGGAAAUAAAGAUAAUGUAAAAGCUCUUAUUCCCGAUAAUUUCACAUAUCUGCUACCCA